UGGAAAAAGUAGUUGUGUGUGUGUGUUUGAGUACAGAUGAGCUAAAUCUGACCUUUUCUAUCACAAACUAUUUGAUGUUUAAGUGGAAAUAGAGCAGAUGACUGGAGAGAGUGUGUAACGUACAAGUGAACAAUGUUCACGUGAACCCAGUGUUUUGGCAAGGAGAUGUUUUUGAGAGACAUUUGUGUGAGCUUUGUGUGUAUGAACUUGUAUAUGUCAUGUGUGCAUAUAUGUAUAUGAUGUUCACGCUGUAUAAUAUAAUAGGCCACAUGAUGCUUACAAGGCUUGCAUAUUUUCUACAUCACAUACAUAUGAAAAAGAUCAAAUUUCAAUAUAUGAUGAUGUAAUUUGAAUAUUUUUGGAGUGUGUCUCUGUAUGUUUUCACUGGAGUAGAGCUUUAGUUUGAAAAAAAAAACUAGAGAAAAGGGAGGAGAAUGACAGGAAGACAGCAGAGGAGGAAACGAUGAGCUAAGGGAAGGGAAGGGCAAGACUCACAAAGACAAGAGGAACAAGUGAAAACAAUAUUUGGAGGAGGUUGGGACAGCACUGAGUGCAAGAUGUCAGUGAAGGUGCUACAUGUUGUGAUUUUCAUUCUAAUGAGUGGUCCGAUCUCCAGCCUUCCUCUGGAAACUGAAACUCGACGUCGCAGGUCAGCAGAUGUUUGCACAGACUGUCCUGCAGGAACGUUCAUGUCACAAUGUAACAAAUGUGAAACAUGUCCUAAUGAAACCUUCACCAACAAGCCCAACAAAGAACGCAGUUGCCUUGACUGCUUUAAGGACUGUCUAACAGAGUUGCACUUGCAGGUGGUGAGUCCAUGCAGCACGGUGGCUGAUGUGGUUUGUGAAUGUAUGAAAGGGUAUGUUUGCAAUAAGACAGAUAGGUACACAGGGCAGUGUGUCAGGUGUACACGUCAACCACCUUCACAGACUUAUUGCACCACCAUCGCACAGACUCCCUCUUAUGCUCCAGAGCAGACCACCUCGCCCCCUCCACCAUGGACCACCCACACAUCCGUUUCCCCUCAACCAUUCGAGGGGAAUCUGGGUCUCCCUUCUGUCUUUAUAACAGAUUCACAGAUGCAGCUACUCAUUGUAGUUUUCGCUCUGUGUAUUUUCUGUGGCAUCAUCACAUGCUGUUGCUGCAAACAAAGAAAAAUAGACUGCUUAAAAAAGCGUUUAAAGCAAUGUUCAGUACGACAGCAAAAGGAGGUCAAUAAAGCCAUAUCUUCUGAAAUAAACAAGCCGAUCCCACAGCUCUGUGCUCAGGACACACACAUACAAACACCUAGCACUGCUAACGCAGACUGUCCCACUCCUGAGCCAGGCAGCAGAGAGCAACCUCUACCCGCUUCUGGAAAUCUAGGUCCUCUCCACAUAUAUGGUGCAGGUACAGUGUUUGUCAGUUUGCUGAACCAGUUUGGACUGAACAGAGGAGACAAGGAUGAAGACGAUCUCCGACAGCAGCCUUUAAACAGUAGCGAGAUGCAUAGUCCUCCCUCUCCUACGAUCCCUCUGUCCAAGGAGGAAAGGAACCGGGACACCAGUUUAAUCUCUUACCCCUCUCAGGAACAAGGGAAGGAGUGUCACAUGUCAAAAGAAGAAGGAUUGUGAUGGAUAUAACCUUAGUCCUUUUUGGAUUAAAUGUGAUUAUUAUUUAUGAUGCCUUAUAACUUUGGUCUUGGGCUUUGGUUUGUCUGAAGCCUGAGUCUUCUUCCUGGUUGAGAUGUGAUCAUCUUUGAGGUAAAACAAACAAACAACUUAUAUCAUCCAACCCUAACCUGGAUAUCUUGGCCUGGACCCUGUGAAAAGGCAGAUGUAUGUGUUUGACUAUGAAAGCAUGCUUACAUGUGUGAGCAUGUGUGGUGGGACACUGUUCAUCAGUGACGAUUAAUGGAAAGCUCCAAAAGGGUUGGAUAAAAACAUCCAGAUGCAAUGCAUGUAUACGUAAUAUCAGACAGCUGUUAAGUAUUUCAGCUUUUUAGAAUUAUAUAGAUUUAGUGACUGCAUUCAACAUUAGGAAAAAUUUGCACAUUUGUUUUUUGUAAGUUAUUGUAAAUCUUAUUUUUUUUCUGUGUAUCACUGUAAAUCUAUAUAAUUA